AUGUCUCAGCUGAGUACUGAGUACCUGCUGCACUGCCAGGACAUGCUGAGCGCUCAGCUGUCAGGACUGGAGGAGCGUCUGCAGGCGGCACUCUCUCUAGUCCAGCGAGGAGAAGAACAGCAAACUGAACUUGAAAAAAAUGUGCAGGAAGCCAAACAGGAGAAUCGACGGAGAAAGAAAUUGAUCACCACUCAACAGCUCCUCCUGCAGACCAGUGCUAAUAAUUAUCACAAGAAAAGUGAAUGGAAGAAGAAAUUUCAGGAAGCACAGAACAGACACCGACAGGAGAAAGUGGAGCUGAAGGGUGAGAAUGCCAGGCUUGUGAAGGCCUUGUCUGUGGAGAAGAACUCUGGCUCCAGUCUGCAGAAACUUCAGCAGCAGGUUGUCUCUCUCUCUUCUCAGCUGAGCCAGAAGGACAGACUCAUCAAAUCUCAGGAGGAGAAGAUUAAAAAGCUGUCAGUCAUGGCAGUCUCAGCUCCAGUGGUUUUGCAAAAAGCCCAAGAUUCUCCUGAGGAACCAGAGGAGGAAGAUGUAGAGAGCAUGGAGGAUUCAGAUGAACCCCAGUGGAAGGUCCUAAAGUCACACAAAGGAAAGUCAGAGCUGAUGAAAGAGUCUAGACCCAUUCUAGAAGAAUUACUGGAGAAAAAACUGGAGAAUAUGGGACUGCGGAAGGAAACUCAUUCUUAUAUAUUUGUUUCAGGGGGAAAGAAAAAUUCAACCCCAGUGAAGGAAAAAAGUCUCAGAUCCAGGGAGGGCUCAAAGUCGUCCACUUGGAGGACCAAAAGCCAGCAGCCACAAGCACUUGUUCCAACAGCCACCCCACGCUCCAAUGCACCUCAGAAUCAGACUCCAAAAACACAGCAAAAAAAGAACGGCACACCACCUUUCAGUUCAGAUGAGGAUGAGUCAGUCGAGGACAGUGCCUAUAUCACCAGCUCACGUGGCAAGCCUUCCCCCUCCGUGCGCCUUGUCCAAUCAGGAUCACUUCUGAACCCAACAGCUGAGCCUGAUUGGACAGACAGUGAACUGUCAGAGGCUUCUGACACACCCAAACUCCACAAAAGUCCCAAUUCACAUGGUUCUGUUGUCCAAACACUGACAAAAAGUUUGGAAAGACAGCUAAGCACACCAGUCAAAAAGCCUGUGGGCGGGACUAGAGUUCUGCCACCAUCCAGCUCCUCCCCUCGCCCUGUCAUUGUAAAACAGCGAGCGCUGUCUGAUGAGGAGAGUGAUUUGGAGCUGUCCUCCAUAGAAGAGCUGACGGCCAACCGUGCAAGAGUACACAAAAGUUCAGAGGUUGGCGGGACCUCAGGGACCAGUGCAUGGAGCUCUGCGGCCAGUAGACCAGGAGCGUGGUGAAUUGUGAUGUGACUGUGUCAAAUAAAUGCAUGUAUUCACUCCAAACCCAAAUUCUCAAGGAAUUUACAAGUGCAAUUACAAAAGAAUCAUUAUUAAAGGGCUUUUGUACGCUUUAAGAAAUAAGUAAACCCAAAAAUUGUAGCCUAAAGAAACAACCAUUACUUGUUUGUGUGCUGUAGUAUAAGCAGUACUCAUUUAUAAUGAGCUGUGAGUUUUUGCUCUGUUUUUUUUUAAGUAAU